AUGUCCACCAAUUCUGGAAGGUUCGAGGAUGCCAAAGCAGGGGAGCUAUGUGACUUGGAACUAGAGUGUGAAGGGGUAAAGCUUACCGUGCACAAGAUCGUGGUCUGGAAUAGAUCUGAGGAAAGUCGCACCAACGUUGUCCAGAUCCCGGAUUUCUCUCUGGCUACUGUGAAGCGAAUGGUGGAGUACAUGUACCUCGGUGACUAUACUUUGGGUAACGAGCUUAAAUGGGAUCUCAGGUAUGUGGUUCCCAAUACAAGGACUCGCAGGUUUGUAUCUUGGCAAAUUCUAAAUGAGAUGCAAGAACUCGCGGGCUUAAGAGUUGAUACGAGCUCGGAUUUGGCCGCCGCUCUCGCAUCGGACCAUUCCCCGGACCUCAUCUCCAUUACCGAGUCGGCUAAUGAUCCUACCGAUUCCACGCCACUCACAACUGCGGAGACACUGCGUCCUCAUCUCGAGAUGAGAAUGAUCGCCGGCUACUACCUUAUCCCGGGCCGGGGGUUUUUUGCGCUGGAAAUGUCCGGGCCUUCCUUUGGCGACGUACAACAGGAGCAAGAAGCUAAGCCAUGA